ACUACUCAAAAAUCCAAAGUCUUCCCAUAGCCAUUAAUGGCGGACUUGUUUUCUUCCCGCCUCCUACUACCAAACUACGAGAGAAGUCUUCUUCUGAUCUUGCCUCCAUUAAAAUGCAUUCGAAAACCUCCUAUCUGAUUCCCUUUUCUCUCAUAUCUUCCUAGUUUCUCGUCUUCCCCAAUCAAAUUUGCCCUCCAACUCCAGAGUUUCUUCAACGACUCAAUCCCACUUCGAUUUGUGUGCUGCCCUUUUCAUCUAAUACCUCUCUGGAGAUACCCACUUCGAUUUUCAUUCACUCAAUGGAGAAAUCUGGGUACGGUCGCGAUGGAAUUUUCCGGUCCUUACGACCUCCGCUCGUCUUUCCCAAAGACCACAAUCUCUCGAUGAUCUCCUUCCUCUUCCGAAAUUCAUCGUCUUAUCCGAACAGACUCGCCAUUGUCGACGCGGAAUCCUCGGAAACUGUGUCGUAUUCUCAGCUUAAAGCUUCCGCAAUCAGGGUCUCCAAUGGCUUGCUCCAAUUGGGCAUCAAGAAGAACGACGUGGUACUGAUUUUUGCCCCUAAUUCAAUUCAAUUCUCUAUUUGUUUCAUUGGAAUUAUUGCCAUUGGGGCUAUUGCAACCACAUGCAAUCCCGUAUUCACGGUCUCUGAGUUAACCAAGCAAGUUAACGACGCUAAACCCAAACUCGUGAUUACCGUUGCUGAGUUAUGGGACAAAGCCAAGAAUCUAAACCUCCCAGCAAUGUUACUAGAACAGAAAAUUCCUCCAGAAAUCUCCUCUCGUUCGAAAAUCUAUUGUUUCGAUGAUUUGAUAAACAUGGCGGGUAAUGAAUCUGGCCCGGAAUUCCCAAUUGUGGGGGUGAACCAGAAUGAUACAGCUACGCUUCUGUAUUCAUCAGGAACAACAGGAGCGAGUAAGGGUGUGAUUCUGACUCACAGAAACUUCAUAGCAUCUUCACUGAUGAUAACAAUGGACCAGACGAUGAGGGGAGAGACAAAUUGUGUAUUUCUGAACUUUUUGCCGAUGUUUCAUGUGUUUGGAUUGGCUUGCAUAACAUAUGCGCAGCUGCAGAAGGGGAACACCAUUGUCUCAAUGCCAAGGUUUAAUUUGGAGAAGGCUUUGUGGGCAGUGGAGAAGUACAAGGUGACAGAUCUGUGGGUUGUGCCGCCUGUUGUGCUUGCUUUGGCUAAGCAGAGUGUGGUGAAGAAGUACGACCUUUCGUCCGUGAAGCAUGUCGGUUCGGGUGCUGCACCCCUCGGGAGGGAACUAAUGGAGGAGUGUGCUAAGAACAUUCCCAGUGCUGUGGUUCUCCAGGGUUAUGGUAUGACUGAGACUUGCGGAGUUGUUGCUUUGGAGAAUCCAGCAGUUGGCAAACGAAAUUCCGGUUCAGCUGGAACACUUGCUCCCGGUGUUGAGGCUCAAAUAGUCAGUGUAGAUACUUUGAAGCCUCUUCCUCCUAAUCAAUAUGGAGAGAUAUGGGUUCGGGGACCGAAUAUGAUGCUCGGUUAUUUCAACAAUCCACAGGCCACCAAGCAAACUAUUGAUAAAUACGGCUGGGUGCAUACUGGAGACCUUGGAUACUUCGAUGAAAACGGACAGCUUUAUGUUGUCGACCGAAUCAAGGAACUCAUCAAGUACAAAGGUUUCCAGGUUGCACCAGCUGAGCUUGAAGCACUGUUGGUUUCUCACCCUCAGAUACUAGAUGCUGUUGUCAUCCCCUACCCUGAUGCCGAAGCUGGAGAAGUUCCAAUCGCUUACGUUGUUCGAUCUACCAAUAGUUCUUUGACAGAAGAAGACAUCCUCAAAUUCGUUGCCAAUCAGGUUUCUCCUUACAAAAGGUUAAGGAGAGUGACAUUCAUCAGCAGUGUCCCCAAGUCUGUUUCCGGGAAAAUCCUCAGGAGAGAACUCAUCGAGAAAGUAAGAGCUAAAAUCUGAGAUCUUUGGUUCCUAGUUUCGUUCUGAUAGGAUCCAUUUUGAGCAAGCCUGAAUAACUGGAAUAUGAAAAUGAAUAAUUGCACCUAUGUAUUACAACUGAUGCUGAAACACUUUAAAAGCUUUAUGAUAUGAUCUUUCAAUGUUGAUCCCACUGUCGUUAGACAACUCGUGCUUUAUCUGAAAAGUCCUAUUAUUUAGAAAAUCUAUCUCGUAUUUGGCAGUA